UAAUGUUAAAAGAGGACUCCUAAAAAUGCCUUCAGAAGUGGAUUAAGAAAACGUAGACUAAUAUGAAUUCAGAUUUUGGUCACUGGUUAUCCAAUCUGUCUUGUAUCAAAUCAUGCUGAAGCAAAAUUAUUUUGCUGUGAUAGAAUGAAUAAAACAGCCAUUUCAUUCAAUGUCAUCCACAGCCCAUUUUAAUCUCAAUCUCAAGGUACUCUGUACAGAAGGCCACUUGAAGGAGGCGCUACACGUUCUGCUCAAUACACGCAAGUUUCCUGCACAUUCUUCGACAUACAUUAAUCUAUUGCAGGCAUGCAUUGAUAAGAAAGCCCUUUCAGAGGGUAAACAAAUCCACUCUCACAUCAACGAUAGGGGAUUUACAUUUUCCACACACCCACUUUUACAAAAUAAACUUAUCAGCAUGUAUGAAAAGUGCGGAAGUUUGGAGAAUGCUCGUAAAGUUCUUGAUAACAUGACUGAACCAGAUGUCUCCUCAUGGAAUAUAAUGAUUACAGCUUACCGAAGGCACGGGAUUUCUCAAGGAGCAUUCGCCCUGUUUCACCGAAUGCAACAAACGCUUGUCCAACCUGAUCAUUUCACUUUCUCCACUAUUCUUCCUGUAUGCGCCAACUUGGGAUCUCUUAAAACUGGUAUGCAGAUCCAUGGAAAGGUCGUUCGAUGUGGGUUUCAUUCUCAUGUUACUGUGACGAAUACCCUGAUUGACAUGUAUGCAAAAUGUGGAAGCAUAGAGAGAUCGCGCGAACUGUUUGACAAAAUGCCUAAUGGAGACGUUGUCUCAUGGAAUGCCAUGAUUACAGGGUACGCUCAAAAGGGUGUUCUUGACGAGGCUCUGCGGCUUUUUAAAGAAAUGCCGCAACGAACCGUGGUCUCGUGGACUGCCAUAAUUGCUGGAUAUGCGCAAAAUAACCUUGGCGAAAAAGCUUUGGAGGCUUUUAAGCUAAUGCAAUUAUCUGGUGAAAAGGCAGACUCGGCAACCUUUGCAAGCACCCUCCCAGCGUGUGCCAAAAUGGGAGCUUUGGAACAAGGUAUGGAGAUUCAUCAAAAGGUAAUUGAAAGUGAUUUUUUGUCAAGUGUUGUGGUUUUGAGUGCUUUGAUAGACAUGUAUGGAAAAUGUGGAAGCAUACAGAAGGCGCGUGAUUUGUUUGUCCAAAUGCCUCAGCGAAAUGUGGUGUCAUGGAAUGCGAUGAUUGUAGGAUACGCACAAAAUGGGCUUGGUGACAAAGCCUUGGAGACCUUUAAGCUAAUGCAAAUUGCGGGUGCAAAGCCAAGUCCGUCAACCUUUGCCAGUGUCCUCCCAGCUUGUGCCAAACUUGGAGCUUUGGAGCAGGGUAUGGAGAUCCAUCAAAAUAUAGUUAAAAUGGGAUAUAUGUCCGAGAUAGUCUGGAAUGCACUGAUAGACAUGUAUGCAAAAUGUUCACGCAUACACAAGGCACGCACGUUGUUUGACAAAAUCCAUCAUCCAGGCGUAAUCUCAUGGAAUGCAAUGAUUGCAGGGUAUGCAAUGCAUGGCUAUACAAAGGAUGCGGUUGAACUCUUUGAAAAAAUGAAGCACUCUGGAACCAACCCAGAUCAUGUAAGCUUUGUUUGUGUUUUUUUUGCAUGCAGCCACGCAGGUCUAGUGGAUGAUGCUUGUAAAUUCUUUAAUUCCAUGAGUGAAACUUAUUCUAUUAUGCCUUCAAUGGAUCAUUAUGUGUGUAUGGUUGACCUUCUAGGUCGAGUUGGCUAUCUUGAGGAAACCGUAAACUUUAUCAUCAAAAUCCCAGUUAAACUUGAUGUAGUUGUGUGGAUGUCAUUGCUCGGUGCUUGUCGAACUCAUAAGGAUAUAAGGUUAGGGGAAUCUGUGGCAACGCGCCUUUUUGAAUUGGAUCCAAAAAAUCCUGCUCCAUUUGUUCUUUUGUCAAACAUUUAUGCCCUUGCGGGAAAGUGGGGUGAUGCUCAAAAGGUAAGGAAAUUGAUGGAAGAAAUGGGAAUUAAAAAGAUACCUGGAUGUAGCUGGAUUGAAGUCCAUAAAAUAGUACAUGCAUUUUGUGUGGGAGAUAGAUCACACCCACAAACUCAGGCGAUCUAUACAGAGUUGGAAAAAUUGUCUUGGGAGAUGAAAGCAGCCGGGUAUAUUCCAGAUACAAAACCUAUAUUCAAUGACGUCGAAGAGGAGGAGAAGGAAUUACUCCUCUGCCACCAUAGUGAGAAGUUGGCAAUUGCUUUUGGAUUGUUAAACACACCCCCUGGAACAACCAUUAGAGUUGUCAAAAACCUCCGAGUAUGCAGUGAUUGCCACACUUCAACCAAGUUUAUUUCCAAGAUAAUUUCAAGAGAAAUUAUUGUGAGAGAUGCAAAUCGUUUCCAUCAUUUCAAAUAUGGACGAUGUUCAUGUGAAGAUUAUUGGUGAAACGAGCCACAACACAGGCUUGCACUUUGAUUAGGUGCAUCGUGUCAGAUUUACAGAGACAAGGAGAACAUGCCAAACCGUCUAGUUAUACUGAUUGGGUAUUGGUUGAAACCCAAUUUGAUAACGCCAAGGAGAAGGCGAAGAGUUGGAUACGCAAUGUGUGGAGUACUAGAAGGAAAACUGAAUUCUGGUGAGCCAACAAGAAUGUGAAAGGAUGAUUUCCUACCAAGCUAAUACUUGGAAACGAUGAGGAGAUCAUUUCAUGAUGGUUGUUUUCUCCUUCCUUCCUUUUGUCAAAUUUCAUGGUCUUUUUGCCUGUAUUAAUGUUAACAUCUUGUGCCAAGGUCAGGUCUGCUAUAGGGGUUUAAAUUAUAUAUAUCAACUAUAUAUUCAUCGAGGCGUUAUGUGUUGUGUCAUUAGUGAUCAUGGAAUGCCACUGUGUCCAGUUGAAUGAUACCAUCUUCUGGUACAGGCCUGAAAAAGUAGGAGUUCACGAGGAGCAAAAGUAAUUAGGACGCCCGAAAGAGCUUUCCAGUAACGAGGGGAACAUCCUACUUGUAGAUCAUAACCCGGGCAAAAUGGAUAAUUUCUUCAUGCGCUACAUGAAUGGGAGACUUAUUUCAUGUGUUGCAUACCUGCCUUAUGCUAGUAAAGAAUGGAAUUUUCUUGCAAACCUAAACCAAAAUUACUUCAAUCAUCAGCAUAUCCUAAGUUUUGUUACAAAUCUCAACGAUAGUACUACCAAACUUCUUUGUUUUGAAAGACUUUUAUGAAGCAUGGUCUACUCAAUUUUUCAUUUUUCUGAUUGGAAAACGGUCUCGAUGUGACCAAAAACACACAUAUUUGUAUAAUCCUCUAUAAAGAAAGAGUCUCUGUAAAGAAAGCGGAGAGAAUUUUAAUUAUCAAUAUGAUGCAAAUGCGUUUGGUAACUU